GCGUCGGACGGCUGCGUCGCGACGGUCAACUACGAGGGCCGGCUCAUGUCGUCCGGGCGCGUCUUCGACAGCAGCAAGGGCAAGGGGCCCAUCAAGUUCGUCCUCGGCGAGGGCAGCGUGAUCCCCGCGUGGGACGAGGGCAUCGCUUCCAUGAGCGUCGGCGGCAAGCGCGUGCUGCGCUGCCCGGCGGCGCUGGCCUACGGCGAGUUCGGCUCGGGCAGCGGCAUGAUCCCGCCGAACGCGGACCUCGAGUUCGACUGCGAGCUCGUGAACGUC